AUGGUAACUUCGACGCCCCGCCUACGUACUUUGACCAAUGGAAGAAGAAAAUUAUGUGUGGACGAUUACCAAUACGUUGAUCUCUUAUCACAAAAGGUUGCUCUUAUUACGGGCGGCAGAUUCAGCAUUGGAUUUAACAAACUUGCAGAAAUUUUUAUAAGACAUGGCUGCACGACUGGAAUAGGCAGUCGAAACUUCGAUCGAGUUAAAGCCGCAGCAGAGAAGCUCAGUAGGUCCUACACGAUAACGAUGGUGUACUGGGACUAUUUUGGUCGUGUGGAUUAUUUGGUCGCGGGAGCAGCAGAGAAUUUCUUGUGUCCAGCUAGUUCGCUGUCAUACAAUGAAUUUAAAACUGUAAUUGCCAUUGACGCUCUUGGUACUUUCAAUGUGACAAAAACACUUUACGACAAGUCAAAGGUUCAUGCUGGAUCUACAAAGCAGCUAUGCAUUGACGAACAUCUUGCUGUAGAAUGGGGUCCAAAUAUUUGAGUCAACUCUAUAGCUCCUGGUGCUGUCGCUGAAACAGAAGGGAUGAGAAGACUUGGUAAAAUCAAAGAAACCAUCUACACAUGCUUGAUGUCUGGUUACAUCUGUCAGCGUUUGGCAACGAAGCAGGAUGUAGCCAAUGUUGCUGUGUUUCUUGCCAGCGAGGCUGCUUCGUACAUCUCUGUGACAUGCUUAGUCGUGGAUGGUGGCUCAUGGAUGAUCCAAGGAUCUCUGUAUGAAAUCAAGAAUGGACAGCAAACUGUAGCUUGAAAUGAUGUCGUUUGAUGUGGAUACUUAUUACUGUGCAUGUGG